ACAAUUUCUACGUCUUAAAGAAGCUAGAAUAAAAAUAAUUGUUCUCUUUCGUUAUGUUUUGGUUUAAAUGCAUUUAUAUAAACUGAACCUAUAAGAGUCUCUCUUUUUUUCAAAUUAAAUUUUCCUGUUAAAAUUUACAUUGCCAUUAUUCAUACGAAAAAUUAAGGAUAUAUAUAUAAAGAUACAUAUUUUACAUUUCACUCUGAUAAAUUUUGUUUAGAAAAUUAAAGGAAUGUAUUUACAAAUAAUCCGUAUUAGAUUGAUGACAGCAGUACUAUAACUACGUAUUCCAGAUUUCAUUCUUGUAAACAUUGCGUUUGGAUUUAAGGAAGUCAUUGUUUUUUCCCAUAAAAUCAAUUCAUGUAUAUGAAUUAUCGAAAGUAUUUGUUUAAUGGGAAAGCUUAGGCAUAAAGAAUUUUGCUUACGAUUGGAUAAUAUGUGAUUUUCUUUGGAAUCGACAGAGUAUGGAUACAGCAGUCUUGGUUGGGCAAUCCAUGGUUUAUUAGAUAAGUGUAAUGAACUUAAUAUUUUACCAUGGAACAAGCAGAUGAAGUACAGAUUAAUACUGUUGAAGUGCAAUCUAUACCUAUAAUAGAUCUUUCCUCUUCAUUGGAACCACAUUCAGACAACCAUGUGACAAUUGUAGAAAACAUUCCUGAAAAUCGGGAAAAUUGUUCCCAGGAUUAUAAGGACAAUGUAAUCGAAACUCCUUUAGCCACAGAUGUUUGCGAUCUAAAUAUUGCAGUUGAAGAAAUUGCAGUAGAAGAGAAAGAGAUCAUGAAAAAUGUUAAUGCUGACGUAAUCAACAAGUUGGACCAAGAGGUAGUUAAUAAUGAUAUACAAGAGGCAAUUGAAAAUAAUAUACCAGAGACAAUUAAUAAUGAGACAGAAGAGGAUGAGAACCAGAGUAUAAAUAAUGUAACAGAGAUCGAAGAAAAAGAACCUGUAGAAACAAGUGAAGUUAAAGACAAUGAAAAGUAUGUGGAGAAUGAAUCCAUAAAUGAAGAAAAUAUAGAAGUUUUAAAUGAUGAUCAAGAACGUGUCACGUGUAAAGAUAAAGAAACACAAAAUCUUGAGGAAGAUAACGUCUGUAUAAUUACAGAUACAAGUACAGCCGAUACCAGUGCUCAGUGUCAAGCAUUAAUUAAGUCUAUUAGCCAAACUUUUGAAAGUAAGGAUCAAUCAUUGCACGUUGCAGAUACAGAUGCAGAUUUGACUAAACUAGUCGAUGGUGAUUCAGAAGUAAUGGUAGUAACGGUAGAAACAGUAGACGAUUCAAGUGAAACAAUGGAAGAAAAUAUUGUUGUAACUGUACAUGAAAAAGAUGUUACAGUAAAUCCAAGUAAAAAUGAUCCUACAACAAAAACGAAAGAAACUGAGGAAACCAAAAUUGUGAAUGAAGAAUUUGAUUUAAUUGACUAUAGUCAAGAGACUGAUGGGACUAUUAUUGAAGUGAUUUCAACAGAAGUAGUGCAAUCAGAGGUUUCUGAAACAUCUAUUGAAGAAGAGGAUAAAGAGAUUUUGAAACAUUCUACUUCUGAAACUGAUCCUAUAAUUUCGACUGUUUCAAAAAUUACAUGUAAACCAGAAAUUGUACAUAAUGUUAGUGUUAAUGAAGAUGAAAUAGAAAGGAAAAGUAAUGAUACUGAUCAAGAAAACAGUGAAGAACAAAUAGAAGUACAGUCAGAUAAUGAAGCAAAGACUGAACAUUGUGAUAGCCCUAAUAAAAAUAAUUUGGAAGAGAAACAUAUUAGUAAUGAGACCAAUGUCAUCCCCACAAGUACAGAUAACACGAAAGAAGAAAGUGAAGUAAAUGAAAUAGAUAAACCAAUUUCUAUAACUACAAAAAGAAGUGUAAUUCAAGAUAUAUUUGAUGAUUGGGGUGAUGAAAAUGCAGAAGAAGAUAAUCAGUCUGUUUCUAAAGAACAAGAUAUUGUAGAAAUUGAAUUGAAAAGCUUAUUAGAUGAUACGAAAACAACUCAAAAUGUGGAAGAAGGUACAGUAAUGAUUGUUAAAGAGGAAAUUGCUUGUAUAGGGAAAGAGGCUACAGAUACUGAUAAAACUGUAGGAUUUAUUAAAGGAAAUAAAGAAAUGCAAAUAUCAAAGGAACAGUCAGAUAAUAAUCAAACUGUCAAAAAACAACAAAACGUUAAAUCGUUAAAAAAGGAAUCAGUAAAUUUUACAGUGUCACAAAAUUUUAGUAAAUCUUUAAAGAACACAACGCACGAUUCUAUUACGUUUAAUCAAACAUCAUCUCAAACGAAAAUUAUUUCUCAUGUUAAUCGUGGUCGUAGCUUCAGUAGUCAAAUAGCUUCACAAGCUGAAGUGACAGAGGCAUUAAAGGAACGAUUUCGUGAGAAACAAAAAAUGGUAGAAGCACCACCUGGGCCUGACAUAUUCUUUGUUAAGAAACUAACUCAAAGAUUAUCAAGUAAAUUAGGAGGUGGACCAAUGAGUACUUUACCUGCACUUAUACCACUGUCUCAACCUGCUGUUCCAUCCACUCCUGCAGACAAGAAAACCAUAGAUAAUGCAAAUGUAGAAAUUAAUAAAGAUAUUAAUAUAGAAACUAACAAAGGAAGUAGUAAAGAAAGCAGUUCUGAUAACAAAGAAUUGUUGGCGAUAUUGGAAGGUGAUGUAGAUCCUGAUUGGUCAAAUUUGAAACCACCAACUUUGACAGAAGAGGGGAAGGGUCCAGUAAAUAUUGAAGAGACUGGUCAUAAUACACCACCAAAACUUGAUCCUUUGGUUGAAAGAGAGUUAGCAUUAAAGCAACUUUUGGAAUUACCUAUUACGUCUGUUAAAAAAGUUGCUUCAAGAAAGAAGAAAACAUUCAAAUCUGCAUCUAAUAAAGCUACCAAGGAUAUGGAAGAAAAGCCUGUUUCUGAAGUAGAAAAGGAAGUUAUUAGUAUUGACUUAGAAACUGAUUCUACAGAACCAAUUUUAAAAGAUACGAGAAUAGACGCUGACACAUCUGCUGUAAUUAUUGAAACUACUCCAGAGAAGAGUAUAGACUUAAUUGCAAAAGAAGUGAGAGUAGAUGAAUCAAGAUCGGGUAGAAAACGAAAACUUACAGAAAAAGCUAGAGAGCAUGAAGAACAACUUAAUAUUGUAAAACGUCAAAAAGUAUAUAAAAAUAAAGUUUCAUUGAAUAAGAAACAGUCCCAAGAUAAUGAAGUACAAUCUGUAGCUGAUGCAACUUUAAUUACUGAGAAUCAUGAACCUAAACAGGGUACCAUUCCUAAUGUUACAAGUAAUGAAGCUCAUGUACCAAUAACAAAGGAAGAGAUAAAUAAAGAGCUUACAAAUAAAGUAGAUUCAACAUUGGAUAAACUAGAUAGCACGCCUAUAAGACGUCCAAAGCAGAAUCUUAAUAAAAAAGGAUCUCAAUCUAUUCCUAAAAGGAAUAUAGUUGUGAAGAAAAUAUUAAAACAAAACAUGUCCUCUGGUAAAAAAGUUGCUUUAAAAGCAAAAUUGAGUGCAACAUCAAAAAAGUCUGGAUCAAAAGUAACUUCAAAAAGUAAGCAAUCAAUGCAAAGUAGUUCUGGAGACUCUAAACCAAAGAAGAAGAUUAUUAAUGAAAUAGAUAGAUUACUCCAAGAUGAAGGCGUUGUAAAUUUAUUAUACGAUGUAGAACAACCAGACAAAAAACGUCUAAUCCCUAUAACUAAGUCUCAAGCAAAAGUUAUGGACAUUCAGAAAGUACAACGUGAACUCAAUUUUAGAAAGAAAUUAGUACGCAAUGCUGUUCUAAGAUUACGUACUGCAACAACAGGUGUAUCCAAAGUUUCUCCUAGGUCCAAAAGAACUUCUAUACACUUAAGUGAUGUGCAAACAGAUAAAAAAGUUGGAGAACAAAUUGUAACGGGAAAAUCAAACGCCACAUCUCAACAAGAAUUUAUUUUACCUGCAAAAAUAAGAAAUGCAGCAGAUGCAUCUGUAAUAAUUAGGAGACAUUCGUCCAGUUCUUUUUCCAGUGCAUCUGGAAGUCCUAGAGUCAGCAUUGACAGUCCAGAGAAAGUUGAGGGAAGUAAAACUGAUGAAGGCUCUCAUUCGUUGAGAUCUAUGAAGCGAAGACUUUCAGAUGAAGCGACAAAUGCGAAAAAGAGUAAAAAGAAAACUGUUCAAAGAGCUGAUACAGAAACUAUAGCUGCCAAUAAUAUUGAUGAUAAAGCACUUCGCCCAAAAAAGUCAGAUUCCAAAAAAGGUGAUAAGAAUUCCAAGCAAGUUGAUGCUACCGUCGUAGAAGAAACCAGUUCAGGCAAAGUUAUAACACGAUCGAAUGGUACAACUACAGGUAAGGUAACAUCGAAAAGCAAAAAAACUGCAAAGAACAAAGUUACAUUUGCUAAAACAAGUGAAUCAGAUAACAAUGAAGAAUUCUCCAAAGGAGAAGAUGAACUUUCAGCCUGCCUUGCAGAAGCUGUAAGUGCUCUUUCAGUAGUCAGUGCUGGAAAUCGGUCUGGAAGUUCUACAGCUAAUCGUAAAAGCAAAGUAACCGCAAACGUAACUAAAAUAUCGGAGUCGGAUAAUAACAAGACAAAAACGGAGACACGAAGUCAAUUCAGUAACAAAGAGAUAAACGUACGACGUCACGGUAAUCUUGUACAACUAAUACUCACUCCAUCGUCUUCAACGAAAUUAAGAAAUGCUCUGACGUUACAGAUGAUGCAAGAGUUCCGUGAAACGUUAUCAAUCCUGGAAAGAGAUGACGAUUGUAGGGUUGUCCUAUUAACAUCUACUGGUAGCAGUUUUUGCGAAGGUCUUGAACUUUCAAUGUUGUUACAUACAAAUAAAGAAGAACGACGACUUCGAGCUGAAGAAAUGGCAGACGCCGUUAAAGACUUUAUUAAGAGUUUAGCAUCGUUCAAUAAACCAAUCGUCGCUGGAGUUCAGGGCGCUGCAGUUGGACUCGGAGUAACAAUGUUACCUUUGUUCGACCUUGUGAUAGCUAGUGACAAAGCAACAUUUAGCACUCCUUACGGAAAAUUAGGUCAGAUCGCUGAAGGUGCCGCUGUUUUCACAUUAUCACAUAUAUUGGGAAGUGCAAUUACAAGUGAGUUACUUUUGGGUGGCAGAACUCUAACAGCUAGUGAAGCAUUAAGGGCUGGUCUUGUUACACGAGUCUUAUGGCCUGAUAGAUUUCAAGUUGAGUUAUUGCCAACUUUGAAAGCUAUGAGUGAACAGUCUUCACAGUCUAUGGAAGCUACAAAGGCUUUGUUACGCCACAGCUUGAGGAAAAAAUUAGACGCAGCAUUGGAAUCGGAAACGUAUUUACUGAUUCAACACUGGUGUUCCACAGAAUGUCAAACUGCCGUGAAGGCUUACAUAGACGGCAAAGUCCAAUAAACAUUCAAAUGAUACCGAACGAUUUGAAUGGAAGUACUAGCCACAUAUUCCAACACUACAACUAGUAUUGUAAAUUGGGUACGAAGAAUAAUAACAAGAUAAUUAAUUUGGGAGACAUUAAAGUGAGAAAAAGGAAUCGUGUCUCUGGUGCGUUAAUUAGCAUCAAUGCGCGAUUAUUUUUACGAUAAAACGAAACGAUAUCGGAUCAUUCAAUCAGAUGAACUAUUUUAAUAUUAGAUCAUUUAGGCGCAUAUACUUUCCGCAACAUGUUAUUCUUGUUAAAAUAAAAUAAAUGACCAUUGUAAGUAUUGUGGUUAGUUUGUGUUCUUUGCAUAUACUUUAAUUAAAAAGUAA